CAUGUUAGUUCCCGUGUGUGGUGAUCAUUCCAGCCAGUUGUUCAUUCUCAGUCGGACCUUGCUCACCCCACGUUGUACAUCCCGCCAUGAGACACUUGUGGUGUUUUGUCCUGCUAACUUUAGUCACGUACUCCGCUGCAGACAUCCCCUUCCGUAACGCCUCCCUCCCCUGGCAGGUGCGUGUGGAGGACGUGGUGGGGAGACUGACCAUCCAGGAGAUUCAGACCCAGCUGGCCAGUGGUCAGGGCAAUGCUCCACCUAUAUCCAGACUCGGGAUUAAUCAGUACUCCUGGUGGUCAAACUGUGGGAGGGGGGAUGUGGCCCAGAACGCUACUGCUUUUCCCCAGGGCAUCGGAAUAGGGGCGUCGUUCGACAAGGAUUUGAUUUACCGAAUAGCCGAGGCGAGCAGCACAGAAGUCCGUGCCUACUACAAUUAUUUCAUGAAGACGGGGGCUACUCUAGAUGUUCAUAUGGCUAUCAGCUGCUUCAGCCCUAACGUGGACACGUUCAGAGACCCCCGAUGGGGGAGGGGCCAGGAAACAUUCAGCGAAGACCCCUACCAUGCUGGGGAGAUGGGGUUCCACCACGUGAAGGGUCUCCAUGGUACCCAUCCUCGAUACCUGAGGACAAGCUCUGGCUGUAAACACUUUGAUGUGUCUGGAGGACCCGAGGACUGGCCUGUGUCCAGACAGGUGUUUGAUGCAAAGGUUUCAGAACGAGACUGGAGGUCGUACUUCCUGCCUUCCUUCAGACGAUGUGUGGAAGCUGGCGCCUACAGCUUGAUAUGUGCUUAUAACAGCAUCAAUGGUGUCCCCGCCUGCGCCAACAAGAAGCUGCUGACGGACAUACUGAGGGGGGAGUGGAACUUCACCGGGUACAUCGCAGCGGACGCUGGCGAGCUCCUCAACAUCAUCACCGUACAUCACUACUUGAACAACUCUAUUGACACAGCCGCAGCCUGUCUUAACGCCGGAUGCAACCUGGAAGUCCAGAAAGGCGACCAGAGAGUGUAUAACUCUAUAAUUCCUGCGAUACAACAGAACAAGCUGACAGAGUCGUUUGUCCGGGACCAGAUCAAACCCCUGUUCUACACGAGACUGAGGCUUGGGGAGUUUGACCCCCCGGAAAUGAACCCUUACAACUACCUUGACAUUGAUGACGUCGUGCUGAGCUCCACACACCGACAGCUUGCUGUAGAGGCAGCCAUCAAGAGUUUCGUCCUGCUGAAAAAUAUCAACAGCUAUUUACCGAUCAAAUCACAUUUUGAUAAAGUCGCUGUUGUAGGGCCGAUGUCAAAUGACACAGAACAACUGUUUGGUGACUACUCGCCACAGACUGACCCCCGGUUCAUCACGUCCCCCCUGAGUGGGCUGCUGAGACUGGGCAAUGCUGCCAUGUACGCAGCAGGCUGCUCCAGCACUGCGUGCAACGACUACAGGAGGAGUGACGUUGUGAAUGCGCUGCAAGGCGCCGAUGCCGUCUUUGUAUGCUUGGGAACAGGCCAGGCCAUUGAGGCGGAGGGAAAGGACAGACACAACAUCUCUCUGCCGGGACAGCAACUGCAGCUUCUUCAAGACGUCGUCAGCAACACCGCCAAACCAGUGGUGCUACUGUUAUUUACUGGCGGACCAGUUAACAUUGAAUGGGCGAUGACGGCGCCAGGAGUGGUCGCAAUCUUGGAAUGUUUCCUUCCGGCUCAAGCUGCGGGUGACGCCCUCUUUGCUUCGCUCACCAACACCGGGGCGGGGUCAGUGCCCGCCGCUAGACUGCCUUACACGUGGCCCAGCAGUGAUUCUCAGAUUCCGCCCAUGGCCAACUACUCUAUGGCUGGGCGGACAUACUGGUACUUUGAUGGAGAGCCUGCCUUCCCCUACGGCUACGGCCUGUCGUACACGACGUUCAGAUAUGCUGACUUUACCUGCGACAUCACCGUCAUGGCCGGGGAGGGGCUGUGGUGUAGCGUCACUGUCUACAACACCGGGCCAUAUGACGCUGAUGAGGUCUCCCAGGCUUAUAUGUCUUGGCAAAAUACGUCACUUCCUGUACCCAGAAUUCAGCUGGUAGGUUUCACAAGGACAACCAUCGUGUCUGGAGGGUCGGCGGCUUAUGAGUUCACACUUGACCCCAGAAACAUGGCCGUGUGGACCGAUAACGACGGAUGGGUAAUUCUUCCAGGUGCGAUGAACAUCUAUGUGGGGGGCCAGCAGCCCAAUCAGCGGACGUCUGUCGGAUCUAACGUGGAACAGAGGCAGUUUCAAAUUAUAGGAAAGAAAAUAUUAGGAAAAUAUUAAAAAUAUACACGAUC